AUGAGCAGGAUUGCUGGCGUUCUGCGGCGUGCUUUUGGAUUAGUACGCAAUCACGUCGGUACAGAUCAUCUGGGGAAUAAAUAUUACAUUAUCCCAGAACAGAAGACAUGGACAGGACGGCUCGUCCGUGCCAAGCGGAUGGUAGUGGCAGCCAAUCCUACAGAAUUUGAAUAUAUAGAAGGCAGCAUACCGAUGGAGUGGGACGCUUGGAUCCGAGGCAGACGGAGGGAGCCACCCUCCAUCGAGGAGCUGCGGAAGAAUGAGUCUUACAGGGUGCAGAUCAAAAUAAAGGCCCAGGAGCUGGAUGAGAGAGAUCUGACCCUACAGGCAAAGGAGUAUGAGGAAGGUCUGGUGGCGACUCCUACAAAGACUUUGGCCAAGGGCCAUGCAGCAGCCACCAGCUUCGGCAAGCAAGAGCUCAGCGAAGACCCCACCAGCACUGCAAACACAUUCCAGCCUGGCUCCUGGAUGCCCAAUCCCAAGAAAUAGACAGAGACAUCCACAUACACUGAGAUGGCUGUACAAUAUAAUACAAUUCAAUAGAAAAGCCCUGCAAUAAAUACUACCUAUGUGAAACUGAUAUUCACUUUUAGUUGAGACUUUGAAAUGUAAUGUAAGAAACACCUUUCAGGAUAAUGCAAUCCAAGUCAACAGAGGAAGUAUUUAUUUCAAGGCUGUUAUAUUGGGCUGUAUUACAUUAUACGAGGGGUUCUAUUCUUCCAGUCCCUCUGUGUAUAUUGUUUAUACACAAGAUUAUAACCAUCACUCAUCUCGAAACUUACUUACUAUGAGUGACCACAGUUAUUUAAUGUAGCUCAAAGGUCUGUUAAUAAAGCAAAGACCAACUGAAAUGGUUGUGCUUCAGUAGUCAGAGUACACCAACUAUAAACACACUGUAUCAUGUUCGAGAGAGAUUGUAAGAAGUCAUUUCUAAUAAAUUUGGACUAUUUUAAUGACA